AUGAUUAACUUCAAGGAUGGACAAAAACAUGGUGAACUGAUAGUUGAUCAGCAGAGGACAGAGGUUCUCAGUGGUCAGUCUGUCCAGCAGCAUGGAGCAGACCUGGACUCCAUAUUUAAGCUGCUGGAGGAGAACAUCAUCUGCUUUGUGAAGAACGAGCUGAAGAAGAUCCACAAGGUUCUGGAUACAGAUCACACAGAAGUCUCAGAGAGUCAGAGGGAGGAUGAGGAGCAGAGGAGCAGCAGAGAGGCCUUUCUGAAGAUCACAGAGGACUUCUUAAGGAGGAUGAAGCAGGAGAAGCUAGCUGACACUCCAGCUUGUCGACGUGAACUCAAAUCAAACCUGAAGAAGAAGUUCCAGUGUUUGUUUGAGGGCGUGGCUAAAGCAGGAAACCCCACCCUUCUGAAUGAGAUCUUCACAGAGCUCUACAUCACAGAGGGAGGGACUGGAGAGGUCAAUGAAGAACAUGAGGUCAGACAGAUUGAAAGAGCUUCCUGGAAACCAGACAGACCAGAAACAUCCAUCAGACAAGAAGACAUCUUUAAAGCCUCAGCGGGAAGAGACGGACCAAUCAGAAGAGUGAUGACAAAGGGCGUGGCUGGCAUUGGGAAAACAGUGUUAACACAGAAGUUCACUCUGGACUGGGCUGAAGACAAAAGCAACCAGGACGUACAGUUCAUGUUUCCCUUCACCUUCAGAGAGCUGAAUGUGCUGAAAGAGAAGAAGUUCAGUUUGGUGGAACUCAUCCAUCACUUCUUCACUGAAACCAAAGAAGCAGGAAUCUGCAGGUUUGAAGACUUUAAGGUGGUCUUCAUCUUUGAUGGUCUGGACGAGUGUCGACUUCCUCUGGACUUCCACAACACUGAGAUCCUGACUAACGUCACAGCGUCCACCUCAGUGGACGUGCUGCUGACAAACCUCAUCAGGGGGAAACUGCUUCCCUCUGCUCGCCUCUGGAUAACCACGCGACCUGCAGCAGCCAAUCAGAUCCCUCCUGACUGUGUGGACAUGGUGACAGAGGUCAGAGGGUUCACGAACCCACAGAAGGAGGACUACUUCAGGAAGAGGUUCAGAGAUGAGAAGCAGGCCAGGAGGAUCAUCUCCCACAUCCAGACAUCACGAAGCCUCCACAUCAUGUGCCACAUCCCAGUCUUCUGCUGGAUCACUUCAACAGUUCUGGAGAACAUGUUGAAAACCAGAGAUGGAGGAGAACUGCCCAAGACCCUGACUGAGAUGUACAUCCACUUCCUGGUGGUUCAGUCCAAAGUGAAGAAGGUUAAAUAUGAUGGAGGAGCUGAGACUGAUCCACACUGGAGUCCAGAGAACAGGAAGAUGAUUGAGUCUCUGGGGAAACUGGCUUUUGAGCAGCUGCAGAAAGGAAACCUGAUCUUCUAUGAAUCAGACCUGACAGAGUGUGGCAUCGAUAUCACAGCAGCUUCAGUUUACUCAGGAGUCUUCACUCAGAUCUUUAAAGAGGAGAGAGGCAUGUACCAGGACAAGGUCUUCUGCUUUGUCCAUCUGAGUGUUCAGGAGUUUCUGGCUGCUCUUCAUGUUCAUCUGACCUUCAUCAACUCUGGAACAAAUCUGUUGUCAGAACCAACAACGAGCCAGUGGUCCAGACCGUUUAGAAAAAAACCUAAACUGAAUCAUCUGCACCAGAGUGCUGUGGACGAGGCCUUACUGAGUCCAAAUGGACACCUGGACUUGUCCCUCCGCUUCCUCCUGGGUCUUUCACUGGAGACCAAUCAGAAGCUCUUAAGAGGUCUACUGACACAAACAGGAAGUGGUUCACAGACCAAUCAGGAAACAGUUGAGUACAUCAAGAAGAAGAUCAGUGAGAAUCUGUCAGCAGAGAGAAGCAUCAACCUGUUCCACUGUCUGAAUGAACUGAACCAUCGUUCUCUUGUGGAGGAGAUCCAAGAGUCCCUCACAUCAGGACGCCUGUCCACAGAGACACUGUCUCCUGCUCAGUGGUCAGCUCUGGUCUUCAUCUUACUGUCAUCAGGAAAAGAUCUGGAAGAGUUUGACCUGAAGAAAUACUCUGCUUCAGAGGAGGCUCUUCUGAAGCUGCUGCCGGUGGUCAAAGCCUCUAACGAAGCUCUACUGAGUGGCUGUAACCUCUCAAAAAGAAGCUGUGGAGCUCUGUCCUCAGUCCUCAGCUCUGUGUCCUCUCGUCUGAGACACGUGGACCUGAGUAACAACGACCUGCAGGAUCCAGGAGUGAAGCUGCUGUGUGAUGGACUGAAGAGUCCUCACUGUUCUCUGGAGACUCUCAGAAUGAGUGGCUGUAAACUCUCAGAGAGAAGCUGUGAAGCUCUGUCCUCAGUCCUCAGCUCUGUGUCCUCUCGUAUGAGACACGUGGACCUGAGUAACAACGACCUGCAGGAUUCAGGAGUGAAGCUGCUGUGUGAUGGACUGAAGAGUCCUCACUGUUCUCUGGAGACUCUCAGUCUGUCAGGUUGUCUGGUCUCAAAGGAAGGAUGUUCUUCUCUGACCUCAGCUCUGAACUCAAACCCCUCCCAUCUGAGAGAACUGGACCUGAGUAACAAUGACCUGCAGUAUCCAGGAGUGAAGCUGCUGUGUGAUGGACUGAAGAGUCCUCACUGUUCUCUGGAGACUCUCAGAAUGAGUGGCUGUAAACUCUCAGAGAGAAGCUGUGAAGCUCUGUCCUCAGUCCUCAGCUCUGUGUCCUCUCGUCUGAGACACGUGGACCUGAGUAACAACGACCUGCAAGAUCCAGGAGUGAAGCUGCUGUGUGAUGGACUGAAGAGUCCUCACUGUUCUCUGGAGACUCUCAGUCUGUCAGGUUGUCUGGUCUCAGAGGAAGGAUGUUCUUCUCUGACCUCAGCUCUGAACUCAAACCCCUCCCAUCUGAGAGAACUGGACCUGAGUAACAAUGACCUGCAGGAUCCAGGAGUGAAGUUGCUGUGUGAUGGACUGAAGAGUCCUCACUGUUCUCUGGAGACUCUCAGAAUGAGUGGCUGUAAACUCUCAGAGAGAAGCUGUGAAGCUCUGUCCUCAGUCCUCAGCUCUGUGUCCUCUCGUCUGAGACACGUGGACCUGAGUAACAACGACCUGCAGGAUCCAGGAGUGAAGCUGCUGUGUGAUGGACUGAAGAGUCCUCACUGUUCUCUGGAGACUCUCAGUCUGUCAGGUUGUCUGGUCUCAGAGGAAGGAUGUUCUUCUCUGACCUCAGCUCUGAACUCCAACCCCUCCCAUCUGAGAGAACUGGACCUGAGCUACAAUCAUCCAGGAGACUCAGGAGAGAAGCUGCUGUCUGCUGGACUGAAGAGUCCUCACUGGAGACUGGACACUCUCAGGUAUUCUCCUCUUCCUCCUCCUCUUCCUCUUCAUGUUCAUCAGCAGUAUUCAAACUUGAACUGCAGCUGUGUCUCGUUGUCUUCAUCAGAUUCAUGUGAACUGGAACUGGACACAAACACAAUGAGCAGAAACCUCAAACUGUCUGACGACAACAGGAAAGUGACCCGUGAGACAGAAGAUCAGUCGUAUCCUGAUCAUCCAGACAGAUUUAAGUCCUGGCCUCAGCUGCUGUGUAGACCUGGUCUGAGUGGUCGCUGUUACUGGGAGGUCGAGUGGAGAGGAGCUGUUUAUAUAUCACUGAGUUACAGAGGAAUCAAGAGGAAAGGCAACCGUUCUGACUGUGUGUUUGGAUAUAAUGAUCAGUCCUGGAGUCUGAUCUGCUCUGAUGUUCAUGGUUACUCUGUCUGUCACUGUGGGACACGAACACCCAUCAUGUCCUCUGUCUCUCACAGAGUAUCAGUGUAUGUGGACUGUCCUGCUGGGACUCUGUCCUUCUACAGUGUCUCCUCUGACUCCCUGAUCCACCUCCACACCUUCAGGACCACAUUCACUGAACCGGUUUAUCCUGGGUUCCUGGUCUGUCCUGGUUCCUCAGUGUCUCUGUGUCCUCUGUAGGACAUGAAGAGACAGCAGCUUCAGUGGUGGACGAGGUCAAAGCUCGUCUCAG